GGAAGAGAUGUUAGGGGGGGACAGACGUGAGCGGUCACAGUGUAUUGUACAAGGGGGAUUCCUAUAAGAAAUGCGGGCUGCUUAUAUGGAGACAUUCUCCUCAGAAAUGACUACAGCCUCCUCAAUGGACUGUCUAAUGUGCAGUUGUGAGCAUGCUCAGAUGGGAGCUAGACAUUAUGAGCUGUCUUUUCAGCACCGCGCGAUUCUCAGCCUCCUAAGUUGUUCCUUCUCCUCCUUAGACGCAGCCACUGUGGCACAUGUGUUCCUGCCAAUGCAGCUCAAUUCCUUAUUCAAGGUUGUACUACAUUUUCAAAGCAUUUCCAGCAGUAGAUGAUGAAAUUAAAAACUACCGACAAUCCAAAGAAUAAACAGAAACAGAUAAAAAUGAAAACCUCUGUGUCAGAAUUCUACAGAUAUGUUCGGAUAUGCACAUCAAACUAUGUUUAACAAACCCUUUAGUUUAUACCUGAAGCAACUGAAUGUAACCGAUCUCUAAACUAGAAUUAUGGCUCAAACUGGCGGAGUUGUACGUUUUCUACCUGAAGGAGACUGCAUUCUUUCAUCUCCAAGGGCCCUUCGAAAAAUAGAAGGGAAACCUUGGCUACAGGGAUUGAACUCAGAGGUGGCUUUUAGUCCCCACAGAUGUUUUACUCCAGACCUCAACUCCCGUAGGAUCCAAGUACUCAGAAAAAGCCUUACACCUGAAGCCAGACGUGCUCACCUAGGAAUGUAUAAUAGUACAGGGUCUUUGGUUUGCAACAUUUCUGAUACAGGACAUAGGCCUGGAAGGGUAACUGCUCCCUGCAGUCCACUGAGAAGCAAUCCUCUCUAUUCACCUGGCAGUAGAAAACCUUUUGUUCUUCCACAGGCUGCGGGACAUAGUUCUAUUGUAACAUUUACAUUUGUCAAGAAAUCCAGUGUGCAGACUUUAAAUGGCAUCUCAUUUGAUGCUGAUUCAAGCCAGAUUGAACCAAAGGAAGGCGAUAUCCACAAAGAAGAGAAUUGUGCGGCUGAACAAGCAGUUUGCCACAAAGACUCUGGGGAGACAGCAGAUGUUGCUAGUUGCAGUGAACAGAGGGUUGGCCCACCACAACUUACAUUUUCUCCCCAAGGAAGAAAAACGCAGCUGAAGCCUGAGAGUCCUCAGACAUGCCAGAAACCAUCAGACAGUGAAUCAGGGAGUGGAAAUCCCUGCUCAGUCGGUGGUUCAGACUGUCACCUGACCCCACAAUGUGAUUCUCCUAGUACAUAUGUUAAUACAAGCUGUCCAACAUCAGGCAACACAUCACCACCUAAUAAUAUGUCAGCAAGUCCUUCUCAAAGCCCCCUUCUCCGUAUUGUGGGACAGUCCAAUUUAUGUAAAGAUGAAGUAAUAUUGACAAUACAAGGAGGGUCUAAUGAACAGUCUCCAAGAAGUACAAGGAGAUUAGAUGACAUUCAGCAGACAGACACAUGGGGUUAUCCAAAGGAGGCUUCUUUACAUGCACAGAAGAUUGCAAAAGCCAAAUGGGAAUUCUUCUAUGGUUCACCAGAAACACAAAGGACUGGUUUAAAAAUAUCUGAGACAUCAUCAUUUCCAUCUUCACCUCUUAGCAGUGGCAAUUUGAAAAACAGGACCGUAAAUACUGAUGUGUGUGAGCACAGUUUAUGUCAUGUGGAAGUAGAAAUAGAGACAACACCUCCAACUAAUCAGACACCACAAGCCUGUGAGUCGGGCAUAAUCCGCAGAACUAUCAAAUAUUCCGAAACAGACCUGGACUCAGUACCACUCAGGUGCUACAGGGAAACCAACAUAGAUGAUAUUCUGGCAGAAAAUGAAGGCCUGGAUUCAGCUAUUGGCAGUCAAAAGGAUAGUGAAAGCAAUACAGAUACCAGCACUGAGAAAGCAGAGCAUCAAGACAACCCUGUCAUCACAGAGAUUGCUGAAUUUCCCAAGAAUGUUACCCAGGGAAGUAUCGAAGAAGAAGAUGAUGACGUUUUUGAAUCAAUGAAGAUGGGGGAAAUAAAAAGGGAAACCAUACAGGCUCCUCUGCGUUCCCCUUUGACUUUACAUUUGUGCCACCGAUUCUCAGAAGAUGGCAUGGAUUCAUUUAGCAAACAUUUUGAGAGUAUUAUGGAAUCCCAUAGAGCCAAGGGUACAUCUUAUUCCAGUCUUGAUUCUAUUGACAUUCUUUCUUCCUCCGCACAAAAUCAAAGCAGCAUCUUUACCUUUGACCUUCCAACACUGACCUCAGAGACCCAGAAGCAGAUCUGCAAGAAUGCACAGCUUAUUGAAGACAAUUUUGCACCUUUAGCUCACCUGGAGCAGGACUCUGGGACAAGUUCUACAACCGAAUCAGCCUGGAGUGAGAAAGAGGAUGAAACCAUAAAUGCUACAAGAGUUGCACACAAUGAACUGCACAGUCCCUCUCCCUCUGAGAACAGCCUCAUUAUUGCAGAUGCCAUUAUACACAGGUUUUCCCAGUUUGCAGAGCGGCUGAGACAUUACAUCACUAGUCAGGUGUUCAUAGGGAGCCUCUCUUUGAUUCAAUGGGUGGAGCAACCGCUUGUUUUGCAACAGCUGGAAGUACCCUGGUCAGAAAACACUGGUCUAUUGCAUGAAAAGGAUCACAGUGAACCACCUCUUGGCAAUCUAGCAUCAGAUUUUGAUUCAGAAAUGGACAGCACUGAAAGGCUGGCAUUAGGAAGCACAGAUACCUUAUCAAAUGGGCAUAAGGCAGAUCAAGAAGCUGCAAAACGUUUGGCAAAGAGGCUGUACAAUCUGGAUGGGUUCAAGAAAGCUGAUGUGGCAAGGCACCUGGGGAAGAAUAAUGAGUUUAGUAAGAUGGUUGCAGAAGAGUAUCUGAAAUUUUUUGUCUUCACCGGAAUGACGCUUGAUCAAGCACUGAGAAUGUUUCUGAAAGAAUUGGCUCUUAUGGGCGAGACCCAAGAGAGAGAACGAAUACUGGCCCAUUUCUCUCAGCGGUAUCACCAAUGCAACACAAACAACAUAUCAUCUGAAGAUGGUGUUCAUACUCUAACGUGUGCGCUGAUGCUGUUAAACACAGAUUUACAUGGACAUAACAUCGGAAAAAGAAUGUCUUGCUCAGAAUUCAUAGGAAACCUGGAAGGAUUAAAUGGAGGGAAAGACUUUCCUAGGGAACUUCUCAAGGCUUUGUACAGUUCAAUUAAGAAUGAGAAGUUACAGUGGACAAUAGAUGAAGAGGAGCUCAGGAGAUCACUCUCAGAACUUGCAGAUCCAAAUCCUAAAUCCAUAAAACGCAUCAAUAGUUGUGGAAAACCAUUCCUUGACUUCUCUCAAGAUCCUAAUAUCACAACUUAUAAGUAUGGAGUGUUGGUGCGCAAAAUCCAUGCAGACCCUGACUGCAAAAAAACGCCUAGAGGAAAGAGGGGCUGGAAAACAUUCCAUGGAAUAUUAAAGGGAAUGAUACUUUAUCUACAGAAGGAGGAAUAUAAACCAGGAAAGCCAAUUUCUGAAGAAGACUUGAAAAAUGCAAUCAGCAUACAUCAUUCUCUAGCUACCAGAGCGUCCGACUAUAAUAAAAGGCCAAAUGUCUUUUACCUACGAACAGCAGACUGGAGAGUAUUCCUCUUUCAAGCUCAGAAUACAGAACAGAUGCAUUCAUGGAUCACCCGCAUUAAUGUGGUAGCAGCAAUGUUUUCUGCGCCUCCAUUCCCAGCUGCAAUUGGAUCACAUAAAAAGUUCAGCCGACCACUCCUGCCAAGUGCCAUAACCCGCUUAUCCCAGGAAGAACAGAUGAAAACACAUGAAUCUAAAUUCAAGAGUAUGUCAUCAAGCUUAAUAGAACAUCGCACGACUCCUCCAGAUAAGAAGAUUAAAGGGAAAGAGGUAGACGAAUUUAAGCAGAAGGAAGACUAUCUAGAAUUUGAGAAAUCCCGUUAUGGCACUUAUGCCAUGCUUUUAAGAGCCAAAUUGAAAGGGGGCACAGAAGAUUUAGAAGCUUUCGAAAACAGCUUAUUUGACUCUGCAGAAAAUGAUGAAGAUGGACUCAAAAAGUCACGUUCCAGUCCUUCUCUAAAUCUGGACCCUCCUGUUUCAUCCACCAAAGCAAAAUGCCACGGGUCUACGCGAGGCAGCUGUAGAACAACUCACAACAGCAAUAGGCAAAAGUCCUGAACGGUCUGCUAGGUCUAAUCUUGGUUGAUGGAAGAAAGAAAUAAGGCCCCUCGUUUCUUUAUACGUGGUAUGUUGGAUUCCAAGCUGAUACCAAUAAGUAUUGCAUGAUUUAAUACUUUUUGCUGGUACGUGCUUUGAAAGGUUCAGACCUUGAAGGGCUUUGGAAAACAGAAGUUGGAGUCCCAAAAUGGAUGACAUGCUGCACAAGCACUGCCCAGUCUUACAUGUAUUGUGCGAGAGGAGAGAACAACAUGUAAAUGAAGGCUUUUCAAUGUGUAGUUCUGUAUGUCCUACUCUUUCUUUUAUAUUUAAGCCAUUCAGAUCCAGCAGGACCAUAUUUUAAAAUUUUAAUAGCGGGAACUUACCAAAAAGCAAGCAAAAAUGAUUCUGAUAGCGUUUCCUUGCAUAUCUAUACAAACGUCUUCAUGGAAACACAGCACAUAAACUUUGUUGUUGAAAUUUUUUUUAUUGAGACAACGAAGAGAUGAAAGCCUCCGGCUCUAAACACACAAAGGGCAAUGUACAUAAUUUCUAUUCGUUUUGUAAUAUGUAUCACCUACUCAAGCUAAGGCGAGGAGAUCAAACUAAGAAACAAGACUCAUAAAGUAGAACUUGAAUUCUAUACGGUAUUUGGCAAAAUGGCUUCUACAUUUUAAGAUGGUGCCAAUUCUUUACUGGACUCCUCCCUUUUUGUGACAUAUUUUUGCACUUUUACUACUUAACUGAAUUUGAUUGUCAUGCUGAUAUUUUGUAGUAUUAAUGCUCCUUUUGAGGUUUGGGAAUUGUUUCGUUUCAUGGAAAAAGAAAAAAAAAAUAACAAUGAAUGUCAGAUUUCUUUAUACAGUAAUAUUGUAAAGGGAUGUUUACACUUAAUGUAAAAAGGUAACAAAGACGCAACAUUUUCUGCAUGUGUCAGGAAUGUCACACUGACUUUUUACCAUAAGGCAUUGGACCUGGACAGUCAGACUGGGAUGAACCUGAAGAUUACCAGCAGUCUACCAUGACUUUUUGAAGUGACUAUAUCACAAGAGAAUGCAGUUGUAUGGGUAGGAGUUUGGAACAAUUUGGGAUCAUAUGAGAAACUAUUAUUGAAAUUGUAUGCUAAGCUUUUAAGCCAUAAUAUAUUAUUCACAGUUCUUUGUAGGUUACAAACAGCAGUGCUAGACUGCUCAGAUAGAGGGCAGCUCUAGAGGGCUCAGAUUUGCAUCACAGUCAACCAUAUUUAAUUGGUAACAUUGCUUGUCACCUACAUUUCUGAUUUUUUAUCUAAACUUUCCUACCUAAUAUGUCUUUAUGUAAUACAUUAUUCCUGUGGCCAAAAAAAAAAAAAACGAUAUGAAAAACACUGUUAAACAUACACAGAAAAUUACAUAAAAGCCCGUAAAGUCCCUUGUCCCAGCUUCAUACAUCCAGUUGUAGAAAAGCUCUGAGGUCAAGCUGGAAAACAAUGUGCAGUAAAUUUUAAGAGUAGAAGAAUAAAAGCUUCAUGGUUUGACUGUUAAGAGUAGAAGAUUAUAGAAAGUGCAACCACUUAAAGCAAAGCAUAUUCAGAAAUUCAUUGUAAUUUUUUUGGAAGACACUCAUACAUAAAAGCCUUAUUCAUUUACCCAAACUACCUACAUUUGGAAAAGGCUACUGUUACAUUGAUGGCUCUGAUUUCCCUUUAUCAAUUCAUUAGUUUAGAUCCAUUUAGUGCUAUUGUUACAAGGGCAUCAUUCCAAUACAUACUAUUUUAUGAGGAAUAAUUUAUCCUUCAUGCAGUGAACAACAUUUAAUCUUCUAGAGCGAAUUCCUCUCAUCCAGACAUCAAAGCGAAUAAUUCAGUUUUGUGAACGUCAAACUGCUCAUUACCAGUAGAAAUUUACUGAAAUCCUAGCACUCGGGGCAUGGAACGGCCGCUCUUUGGUCCUGUAAUGACUGGCAGCCAUUCAUUAGGAUCUGCUGCGGUUACUUAUGGCAUGUACUAUUACUUUUGGGCUUGUAUUAUUUCCUCCUGUGUAGCGGGACAUUUGUUUUGGCCAGUUUGAUAUUUUGGCUGUAGCGAUAAAGGAUGUAUUGUUUGACAAUCAUUCACAGAUCCAGUAAGAAGGCUUCUCUAUCUGAAUGAUGUUUGGCUGCCUAUAUGCUUUGUUUAGCUAUUGUUCUAGUUGUUGGGAUAGGCUGAGUGUUUCCCCAGAUAAUGUGAUGUCCUGGUGUUCUUUGUGGAAUGACGAGACCUGGUUCUGAACACAUCUUGCCAAGUUAACGAGGGAAAAACAGUGUUACAAUGUAUAUUUGACUUUUUUAUUUUGUUAAGUAAAAUUAAUUGAUUUCCAAGCUAGUAACAGAAAACAACAUACUUAAAGGAGUCAGUGACAUCACUUAGUAGCAGAAACCUUCUAAUAAAACACAUUCCCUUAUUUAAAAAAAAUAAGGUACCAUAAUAAGUGCAUUGUUGAUUGGUAUCGAGACUGCUUUAUCAGGCAAGUUUACAAUUCUGUAACUGGGCCAAGCUCUGUUAUAUAUUGUAACAUGUCUGUUUUCUGUAUGUAAGUUCUGUGAAUAGCCUCUAUAUAGUUCUUACGUCUAUAUAAAUAUAAUUUAAUAUCUAAAGAGGCAAGAUGUACUAGUAGUAUAAAGUAUGAGGGGGAGCAUCGGAUUUUUAGUGCAGCCUUCAAUGAUGACCCUAGUAAGGGAGCAGGGGAUAUUGAAAAGGGCUCCAGGUCUGAAUUGCUUCCAGUGCUUAAAGGGGUACUCCACAGCUCAGCGUUUGGAACAAACUGUUCCGAAUGCUGGGGCCGAUGCCGGGAGCUUGUGACAUCAUAGUCCUGCCCCCUCAUUCUGUCACGCCCCCUCCCAUAGACUUGCAUUGAGGGGGCGGGGUGUGACGUCAAAAGGGGGCAGGGCUAUGACAUCACAAGCUGCUGGCUCCAGCGUUCAGAACAGUUUGUUCCAAACGCUGAGCAGCAGAGUACCCCUUUAAUUGAUGCCUCUAAUAACUUUUAUAUACAGUUGGUAAAUGUUCACGUGGAACAAGGCCCUAUGGGUUCACUUUAAUUCACAAAAUACAGAAUGUGAAUAAAUUUUACAUGUCCCUAACCGAUGCGGAGCAGAAUUAUGAGGGUAUGACUGGAUGAAAUAGUGAACUUCCAGUCCAAUCCAUUCCCCAUAUUACCGCUAUGAAUUUUGUCACUAUGCAUUAUGUGAAUGGCCUUUUUUUUAUACAGUUUUCUUAUAAACCUUGGAUCAAGUAACCAGUGGCUUAGUUGGUCAUUGUCCUUCAUUAUUAUACAGUUGACAGUCUUAAUUUGCCACAUUUACCAAAUCAAACCACAGGUAUAGUGACAAAUGGCAAACUUAGCAUAUAUUAAAACAGGUAUUUGAAGGAAACUGCUGAUAUUGCAUUAUAAAGGUAUUUGUGAUACAUUAUUAUUUGCAUCUUUUACUAUUGCAGUGUUUUAUAUGUCAUUCUUUUACGUGUAAACUUGUCUAAGUAGGUGAAAUGCGGUGAAAAUGUAGAUAUCUGUAUUGUGGGAGGUUAAGAAGGCAGGUGGUCUCGUAGCAGCAAUAAUUUCCAUAUUUGUUUUAUUUUUCUUCAACUAUUUGGGUUAUUGAUAUUUACAGAUCUUAGAUACUGCAAGUGACUGUUCUCUAUUUAAUAUCACUGUUUGAUUUCAGCUUCAUUGUGGAAAUAACAUGGGACACAAGCAGUUGUGGGAAAGGUCAUGUUCUCCUGCAGCUGCUUCCCUCUACAUAGAUGGUGGUGAACUAUAUGGUCUCUAACAAAUACAUCUAUACACAGGAAUAAGAAAUACAGAGAUAUAGUUACCCAGCAGCCUCCUCUGUAAGGUAUUUGGGGACAUGAAGUCACGGGACGCUUUUCAACUAAAGCAUUUAUCAUGGGAUUUGAGCAGUUGUAAUGUGUGUUGAGCGCUUUUCCAGUUUGGAAGGCCAUACCCCUUAUUUAUGAUUGUUUUUGCGCUAGAAGUGGCAUGACUUAAAGUAUACAAAUAUAUUUGUUGUAUUUAUCAUCUGCUUAAAAAUAAUUUUGGCAAAAAAAAAUUGUGUAGCUGUAUCCCAUUGCCUAGGUGGUGUAGGCCGUGGAAAGUUCAUUAAAGCGUGUAUUUUCCCCCGCUGUGAAUCCUUUUAAAAAUCAAUGCAAUUUAUUAUGUUCUGUGUGCUAUUUCUUAAGUUAGAUGCAGGAAAGCCACCAGAAAAACUGUGCAAAGAAAUAUUGUGCAAGUUUUCAUGCAAAUGAUAAAUCCCCACAUUAGGUAGUUGCUGCAAAUUUCAUCCAAGCAAAAUCGCUGGUACAAUCCAAUUACAAUAUUUGUCUUUCAAUCAUUAGAUGCAGCAUAAAUCAGAAUUAAAUCCACAGCAUUGGCUUCAGGUUUUAUGCAGAAAUCUGGCUGAUUAUCCCCAAACAAUACACCCGACCGUAACCUUAGGGUGUUGUUUAUCCAGGGUGCGGUUUUCACCAUGAUCAGGUAUCAAAUCUACAGUUGAUAUCAGUGAUAAAAUGUAGACUUCACAUCCUAUUAAAAUGCUGGUCUUUUUUUUUUUUUUUUUAACAUAGCAUAAAACAGGUUUGACAUUCUUCCCAAUUGAAGCUUUUUCAGAAAAAUACUGCAAAAUGUGCCAAAAAGAAGCACUGCUCACUCUACCGUAUACACAGUAAAGUAGAAAAGAGAAAAUGCUGCAGGUCAACAGUUCCAAAUUCACCAGUCCUAUUGUCAGUGUCAGUGCUGCAGUCAGAAUGUGAACACCACCCAUACCUCUCAGCAGAUGUAUAGUAAUCCUUCCUUGCCUUCGUGUUAUGGCCAUUGACCUUGUGACUUAGCGUGCAGUAUCUGCUUCUCCAUCUUACUUUCUGCAGAACAUUUCAGUGUGUAGUGUAUGUAUGGGUGUGUGAGUGUGUACAGAUUGAAGGUGCUAGUGCAUGUAUAAGCCUAGGUGUGCACCCUAAAGCACAAACUCAUGCCGCACACGUGCAUGCGUGCGUGUGUGUGUGUAUAUAUAUAUAUAUAUAUAUAUAGUUGCCCCACAUUAGGUGCAAUAUAGUUCCCCCACAGUGUAUGGCUGGAGGCUGUACGUCUGUGUACUGCCCCACUUCAGUGUUCCAACCACCGAUCCUCCGAUCAGGGGUCACGAUCUACUGCUAUGGCCUAUAGACCAUAGCAGUAGGUCCCGGGACUGGAGGAGCGGUGGUCGGAACACUGAAGAUGACUUACCAUGCCGGCCGGUGUGCAUCCUCCUCGUUGAUGCUCCGUUCCUCUAUUGCUAUGGCCGCAUGCAUGGGACGUCAGUGACGUCCCUGGGUGCCCUACCUCCUGGUGACCCCUGCUUUUCAAAAGUUAACGCGGGGACCGCCGCAGAAAGGUAACUGAGACAUCCCUGUGUCCCAAAAAGAUCUUUCGGGACACAGGGAUGUCCAGAAUGUGACGGGGGGCCCCCUGCGGGCUGCUCAGGGGCGGCCGCUGAUCCCCCCCCCCUGUGCUUGAUUAGGGUGUGCCCAGGCACACCUCGUGCGCACGCCUAUGAGUGUGAGCAAGUAUCUGUAGCAUGGUAUCCAUAUUAGGACAUCAUCAGGCGCCAAAUAGCCAUCAUUCCUCAUCCUCAACAUCCGUCCUCCAUCAGAGUAAUCUCGCCUCCUUCAUCAUACAUCAUGUUAACCUCUGUCAUCCCUCAACCAAAUCUCUCUCCUCCUUCAGACAUAAACAGAAUCCUCCCACAAUAUUACACCCUUAGCUUAACCUCCCUCAUCCCUCAAACAAACCUCAGUCAUACCUCAGACAAACCUCUGUCACACCUCAGACAAACCUCCCUCAGCUCUCAGACAAACCUCUGUCAUGCCUCAGACGUCAGCCGAACAGCUUUUAAAGUUUUCCAGCCUCCCUACACUAACUGGGUAGCGGAGGAAAGCAGCGCAUGCGCUCUGAGCAGUACGGACAACUGCGCAUGUGCAGGGCUAUGCUAGAGCAACACUCCUAACGCUGCCUACUUUAGCUCUACGCUGUCAGCGGAGUGCUGCGCAUGCACUCUGUUUUCUACAACUCGAGGAAAACUUUACAUCAACGGCUGUUCGGCUGACGUCUGAGGCAUGACUGAGGUUUGGCUGAGAGCUGAGGGAGGUUUGUCUGAGAUAUGACAAUGGUUUGUCUGAGGUGUGACGGUGGUUUGUCUGAGGUGUGACGGUGGUUUGUCUGAGGUAUGAUGUGAUUUGAGGUGUGAUGGAGGUUUGUCUGAGGGAUGAGGGAGGUUAAGCUGAGGGUGUAAGAAUGUGGGAGGAUUUGGUUUAUGUCUGAAAGAGGAGAGAUUUGGCUGAGGAGGAGGAUUACUCUGAUGCAGGAUGGAUUUUGAGGAUGAGGCAGGAGGAAUUAUGGCUAUUUGGCUGACGUUUGAUGAUGUCCUAAUAUGGACACUGUACUGUAGUAUAUGCAGAUGUUUCUUGAGUGUGUAUAGUAAUAACUGUGAACUUUAUGCCUGUGUGUAGUAUUGACAUCUUGACGAUUGUGCGCAGGCUUGCAGACUGUGUGGAGUGUGUGUGUUUGCAUGUAGAGUAUAUAUAGAUGCAGACUGUUUUGCACUGGCUGUCACAAUAGUUCCCACUUAUUUAAUACUUUUGGCUUGUGAGAUGAUAUGGGUAUUGUCAAUGCAACAUGAGUUACUGUACAUUAAAUAACUAUAAGUAAUCUUUAGAAGUUAGGGCACAUUUUGAAGUUUGUCUUGAGCCCCAAAACUGUAUGUUCUGCCUUGGGCUUAGAUGGGCAGUAGGUGCAGGAAGCCAGAGAGCACUUCAGCCCUAUCAAAUGUCUAUCAUAUGUCUCUUGUAAGCUCCAUGUUUACAAGGAGGUUAUUUAUGUAUGUAAAGAUGUAUUGUAAUUCAACUAAGAGCCACAGUUGUUUAAGGCCACUCAUAAUGAGGCUCAUUUGUCAUUGCUUUAAUGACACCAAAGAACUAGCUUACUAUAGUAGCUAGUAGACGUCCAAUAAGUUGCCCUGGUUGUAAACUGUAGUAGAAUUGGUAUUUGUAAGCAUGGAACCUGUCAUGAUGGAAAACUGAAAUAUGGAUUAAUGUAACCUUUGGCCUCAGAAAGUGGCAUUACUGGCAACAGGGGCACAAGCUUAAGUCUCUUGGCACCAACAAUCACUCAAUUGCUUUGGCCAUCUCUGCCAGUACUCCAGAUAUCUGCUAACACCCCUAAAUUAAAGUUUUCACCUCGAGUGGCUAAACUUUUAUGAAGCAUCUGAUGUCUCCUUAUAAAUGAAGCAUAACUACAGUUACGUAGUCAGAGAAUAUUGAUAAAAACAAAACUCAUAAGUUUGUUACAAUGUGUUGACUGAUGUAAUGUCAAACACAAGAUAUGCAGUGAGUAUGAAUAUAUAUAUUCAAACCCUGAACAUAUGGGUAAUACUGAAUUUCAUUACGGUUCUGUUUACUAUACUUGCAAAUGUGAGGUUCUUAGUGCACGUUUUUAUCAUACUGCAUCCGCCAUGAAAAGGCGACCUCAUACAAACAGAUUCACCUUUCACAAGUCUAGGCCUCCACAAUGAACUCAGGAACCCCCAAAUGUACAAUGCAAAAUAAAUGUUAAGGAACAUGCUGUGACACAUUCAAAAGCAAACAAACGCAAAAGCAU